AUGGGAUCUUUAGUAGUCUUCUCACCGUUGUUCUUUUUCGUUUUAGCAAUUCAAAUGAGUUCUUUGAUGGUUUCGUUGUCCCAAGAAGGUUUCUGCUCUGCACCACCAAUCUUGAAUGCUGCUGAUUCCACUGCUCAACCACUUUAUUGGAAAGUUACCAAUCCUACCUUGUCUCCUUCUCACCUUCAAGACUUGCCCGGUUUUACUCGCAGUGUGUACAAGAGAGACCAUGCUUUGAUUACUCCAGAAAGUCACGUCUUCAGCCCUUUACCUGAUUGGACAAACACAUUGGGUGCUUUUCUUAUAACACCUGCAAUGGGCUCACAUUUUGUUAUGUACUUGGCUAAAAUGCAAGAAAAUUCAAAAUCAGGGCUUCCACUUAGGGAUGUUGAGAGGUUUGUAUUUGUGCUGCAUGGUACAGUAUUUCUCACUGAUGUUUCGGGAGUCACCCACAGUCUGAAUGUGGAUUCCUUUGCUUAUAUUCCACCAAACUCUACACACCAUAUAAAAUGCGAUGCUUCAUCAACUCUUGUUGUAUUCGAAAGAAGGUACUCUUACCUGGAGAGUCAUUACACGGAUCUAAUUAUUGGUUCUACAGAUAAACAGCCCCUUCUUGAGACUCCUGGAGAGGUUUUUGAACUGAGGAAACUGCUUCCAACAUCCUUGCCUUAUGAUUUCAACAUUCAUAUCAUGGAUUUUAAACCAGGAGAAUUUCUCAAUGUCAAGGAGGUCCAUUACAACCAGCAUGGUUUGUUGCUUUUGGAAGGACAGGGUAUAUAUCGCUUAGGUGACAGCUGGUACCCUGUUCAAGCUGGUGACUCAAUUUGGAUGGCACCAUUCGUGCCUCAGUGGUAUGCUGCUCUUGGUACCAGCCGGUCACGAUAUUUACUCUAUAAGGAUGUAAAUAGGAAUCCAUUGUAG